GUAGUUUUACGUUUUAUAGUGCAAACAUGUUGCUACUAAUUUCGAUUUUAAUUGGACUGUUGAUUUUAUACAUGAGCCAAAUUAAUUAUCGAAAAAUCUAUUUAUCCUUAAAAUUACCUGGACCACUUCCACUACCAUUCAUUGGAAAUGCCACACAUUUUGUUAACAAAUCGUCAGCAGAAAUUUGGGUAGCUUUCGAAAAAAUGUUUAGUCAAUAUGGAGACGUUUUAAGAAUCUGGGCUGCUUCUGAAUUACUAGUUUUAUUGUCGAACCCACGAGAUAUUGAGGUUGUACUAACAAGUACUAAAUUCAUUGAAAAAUCCGAGAAAUACAGAUUUUUGAAGCCAUGGCUAAACGAAGGGUUGUUGCUCAGUUCAGGUUCCAAGUGGCAUCAAAGGCGCAAAAUCUUAACUCCUUCAUUCCACUUUAAAGCUCUGGAGGAGUAUGUCAAAAUAUUCGAUCGGCACAGUUCUGUUUUUGUCGACAUGUUAUCCCAAUAUAAAACCACUGACAAAGUAGAAUUGCUUCCGAUGAUUGAGCUAUGUACGCUGGAUAUUAUCUGUGAAGCAGCAAUGGGAAUCGAAAUGAAUUCUCAACGGCAGGCCAAUUCGGAGUAUGUUAGAGCAGUUAACACGAUUUGUCACAUCAUCAUCAAACGUAUUAGUAGUAUCCUUAUUUGCUUUGACACAGUAUUUCGAUUCACUGCAAUGUAUAAACAACAAACAAAUGCCUUAAAAGUACUUCAUGGAUUCACGGAAAGAGUUAUUCAAGAACGACGACAAAAGUUUGUGGCACAAAGCAGCACCGACACAGUUGACAAGAAAUUUACACAAACUACUAAAACUUUUUUGGACAUUCUACUUCAAGGAGAGAUCGACGGUAAACCGUUAAGCAAUUUGGACAUACGAGAAGAAGUUGACACUUUCAUGUUCGAGGGUCAAGACACAACCAGUUCAGCACUCUUAUUUUGCUUUUUCUCGCUGGCCAGGUAUCCUGAAAUUCAACAGAAAUGUUUUCAAGAAAUCCGAAACGUGUUAGGAGAUAAUCGUUCAGCGGCGACGUGUAACGAUUUGAAUAAUUUGCGGUAUUUAGAUUUGGUCAUCAAAGAAACGCUUCGACUGUAUCCAUCCGUUCCACUUAUAGGCAGAUUGUUAAGUGAAGAGCUGACCAUAGGCAAUUGCAUAUACCCAAAGGGUACGAAUUUAGGAUUUUCUCCCGUAAUAUUGGGUCGUAAUCCAGAGUUAUUCCAGAACCCACAAGAAUUUCGCCCGGAACGUUUUCUGGAAGAUACAAUCAACGAAAAGUAUACUUUUUCAUAUCUACCCUUCUCGGCUGGACCAAGAAAUUGUAUAGGACAGAAAUUUGCAAUUUUAGAAUUAAAAGCAGUAUUGUCAAAAGUUUUGAGUUAUUUUGAAAUUUCAUUGGCAGAAGACAGCCUGUCAGACCCGGUAUUAAUUGGGGAAUUGAUCACAACUGCAUUAAAUCCAAUUAAUUACCAUUUUAAGCAAAGAAAGCAUUAAAUAAAUU